AUGUUCAAAGACCCAGGAGCACGAUUUCCAUAUAAUCCUACAACCACCAGUAUAUGGGGAGCUGAGGAGAUGCGACCUCCUUCAGGGGAACAACGGCAGAGAGAUCCUGUGCUUCGAUGGCGGCCACCGCCUCACACAUGGCGCGGAAAAUUGUGGCGGACUAUAGGCCUGAAAGACCGCCAAGAAGAGGGCAUACUUGUGCUUGCAAUCUUGUUACGGCUCCUGGUGUUGAGAGCUCUAGAUUCAUUCUCUUCGAGGAGUAUAAAAUAGUUGGCUGCAAUAACUGUAACUCUGCCAUAAUGCGUUGGGUCCUCGUCUUCAACCUCGAAAAUAGUUGUAUCUAAUAAGUUGUUCUUUGUCUUUCUUUUUUAUUUCCUUUAUAAUUGUUUUCAAGUUCAAAAAUGUGUGCAUUUGUUGAGGAUUUUCUUCUUCUGCUGGGGCGCUCUAACUUUGGUCGUUUUGGUUUCCGUUAUUGCGCUCGUCGCGACCCAGAGGUUUUUGGAUGAACAUCUCGAGAACAUGAGUGACGCUGAAAAGAAGGAGCUGCGGAAUAGCUUGUACUCCUCAGGGAUCAUGCAUCUAGGACAUUUGUAGCAUCUUGUUGGACGUGGACCUUGGAUGAGUUCGUGGACACCACGAGGACUAGUGUGUGUACUAGAAAAAUUGAAAUCUUCCACUUGUCAAGAAAUCCACCAACAUGCGAGCACUGCAAGUGUUGCCACCACUGUCCUCGGCACAAUCACAAUUGAUCGCUACCAGGCUUCGAGAUGAAAUAAAAUUGUCGUGGUCGUCAAGCGUAACGAUGUGUAUGCCAUAAUAAGUUUGUUGUGUUGGACACGGAGUUCGUGCUUUGCGGAAUACGUCGUGGCGCUGUUCUUCCAGC